UAUCAAAAUAAACUCAAGUUUUGAGAGGCGGAACGACGAAGAAGGGAAACAUGGCUUCACUUGCAAAUAAAGUCAUUUUGAUCACUGGAAGCAGUGCUGGAAUCGGUGCAGGUAUAGCAGUCCAUUUGUCGACAUAUAAACCUCGACUUGUUCUCACUGGCAGAGAUUCUGAUAAUCUGAAGAAAAUUGCAGGAAAAUGCCAAGCAACUGGUCUACCAGCCAAUCAGAUAUUCACGGUACCUGCCGACAUCCACAAUGAAAAUGAUUUGAAAAGACUGAUAUAUGAAACAACCAAACAUUUCAAUCAACUAGAUGUGCUGGUAAACAAUGCCGGAAUAUCCAACUACAAGACAACCCAGCAGACCGAAACACCCAUUUUUGAUGAAAUCAUGUCGGUCAAUCUUCGAGCUCCUUUCAUUUUGUCUAGACUUGCUAUUCCUCAUCUCAUUAAAACUAAAGGGACCAUAAUCAACAUAUCCAGUGCCUUAUCACAAAGAGGGAUUCCACAAGCCUCGGCUUAUUGUAUGAGUAAAGCCGCUAUAGACCAUUUUACUCGAGUUCUCGCCAUAGAGCUAGGACCUCACAGAGUCAGAGUGAACACAGUUAGCCCCGGUUUCACGAAGAGUGAGUUACAGAUACGAGCAGGAAUGCCCAGAGAGCAGCUGGAAGAGUACACAAAAGCUCAAGCCCACCUAACCUGCCUAGGUCGAGCCGGUGAACCUCUGGAUAUUGCCAAAUGCGUCAAGUUUCUGGCUUCAGACGAGUCUGAAUAUAUCACUGGUGAAAAUAUAUUAGUGGACGGUGGACGUAAUAUCGCUAUUCCUAAAAUGAACAUAGGUAAAUAAAUCAAUUGUUCAAUUGUAGGCAAUUUACCCCAUUGUACACAACAUUACGAUGCACAGCCCAUAUCACCUGUGAUAGUUUUUUGGUAUGCGUUGGACGUAAUAUCGCUAUACCUCAAAUGAACAUAGGAAAAUAAAAUCAUUGUAAUCUA